UUUGCUGUCAAAAUAAAAUAUACGCAAACACACUUAUCAAAAAUGUUAGCAGUUUCCCUAUUAAUAAUUGUCUUAUUGUUUAUUAGAGUCUCUGGUGGCUUUCUUAUCACUGUGGAUGCCCAUGAGACAUCUUGCUUCUUCGAUCAUGCCCAGGAGCAUGAUAAAAUCACCAUUAGCUUUGAGGUAAUGGAAGGUGGCUUCAAGGAUAUUGGUGUACACAUCACAGCUCCAAAUGACGAUCGUUUGCACCAUUCGGAUAAGGAAUCAUUGGGCAGUUAUACCUUCACAGCCAUUCGCGAUGGAGACUAUACUCUAUGCUUUGACAAUGAAAUAUCCACAUUGACACCCAAAGUUGUGGUGUUUCAAUUUCAUGUGGCCAGGCCAUUGCAUUACUAUGCCAAUCCCAAUGAGCGUCACGAUGAUGUCCUCGAACAUGCUGGCGUUCAAUCAAUGAUCAAUGAGUUGGGCGCUAAAUUUGGUACUGUUAAACAAGAACAGGAAUAUAUGCAUUAUCGUUACAAUGGCCAUAAGGCGGUUAGUGAGAGUGCUCAAUUUCGUUUUGUCCUCUGGUCGAUAUUUACUCCAUCGUUGAUAGUGAUUAUGACCAUAGUGGAAGUCUAUUACCUGAAACGUUUCUUUGAGGUCAAACGUGUGGUCUAAUAAAAUAUUGUUCCUAACUUAAAUAAAUUGAAAGCCUUUUAGGCUAAACUGAA